GGAGAUCCUCUCCUUCCCAUCAAAAUUGGCAAGGAAACUAGAUAGUCCAAUACUGAGGCCAAAACGUAGCUAUGGCUCAAGCCGUGUUCACCUCUAGACUUGGUAGCCAGUUGCUGGAUUCGAAGACAGAGCCGUUACUGCAAUCGCAGCUUCGCCGGCUCCGGCCGACGCCAUUCUCCCAUCUCCUCCUAUCUCAACCUUCUCACAAGCAAAUUCCGUCACCUUCUUAUUCUUCCUAUACCCCAGUUCUUGCUCUAUUCAAGUCUAAAACCAAGGCUCCACCAAAGAAGGUAGAGAAGACCAAGCCAAAAAUUGAAGAUGGUAUCUUUGGUACCUCUGGGGGCAUUGGUUUCACCAAGCAGAACGAGCUCUUUGUUGGCCGUGUCGCCAUGAUUGGAUUUGCAGCAUCACUUCUGGGAGAAGCAAUCACAGGCAAAGGAAUCCUAGCACAAUUGAAUUUGGAAACUGGAAUACCAAUAUAUGAAGCAGAGCCACUUCUCCUCUUCUUCAUCCUUUUUACACUCCUUGGAGCAAUUGGAGCUCUCGGCGAUCGUGGUCGCUUUGUAGAUGAUCCAUCCACAGGGCUUGGGAAGGCAGUCAUCCCUCCUGGAAAGGGCUUUCGGUCAGCUUUAGGACUCAAGGAAGGAGGUCCCUUAUUUGGCUUUACAAAGGCCAAUGAGCUCUUUGUUGGAAGGCUAGCACAGUUGGGGAUUGCAUUCUCUAUAAUUGGAGAAAUUAUCACAGGAAAAGGAGCUCUAGCACAAUUAAACAUUGAGACUGGUGUGCCUAUCAAUGAGAUCGAGCCGCUCGUGUUGUUCAAUGUCAUCUUCUUCUUCUUUGCAGCAUUGAAUCCAGGAACUGGUAAGUUUCUUACCGAUGAGGACGAAGAAUGAGAGAGGAAGCAGCAAACUCUCUUGGUUUUGGUCUCUGUAAUCCAAUCAUUUUGUUGUUGCUAUGUGUAGUUAAGUUGUCAGAAUUGUAAUCUAAAUAGCAGGUGCAACUGCAAAGUUGAAUUGGAGCCUGAAGCCAUAAGAAAGAUAAAAUGAUUGGUAAUCUUUACCCAUCUCCAUUUCUCA